AUGUCUGUCCUCGAUCGGCGCCAUCCAUCAUACCGAGCACAUCCCUCAGCAGAGACGGAUCCGAACCCCGUUGUUCAUUCAGCGAGCCGUUUCACCGACAUUCGCCCACGCGCAUAUCUCGCUAACGAAGGCAAUUCUACCUCGGCCGUCCGCAAACCAUUGUCACCUGUCAACACCUUUGCGCUCAACGAUUCGCUUCAGAAGCUGUCUCUGUCACAGCAUCCGCAUCCUUCAAAAAGCUCGGUCGAUCGUCUCAAACCGCUGCCUUCCGUUCCCACAGACGUCAAUGCGGACGACAGCUUCGACGACGCCGGUGUAGAGCUUGUCUAUCCUCUUCAUUCUGGCCAUCACUGCGACAACGACAAUCACAUCGAGUCCGACAUCUCCAGCGCCUCCGCCAGCAGCACCGCGUCUUCGUCGUCGAUGGAGCCCGAUUGGCAUGAGACCUCCCUUCGUCGACAGGUCGCCAAACUUCAAGUCCAAUACUCCGAUCUUGAUCUCGCCCAAACCGAGGCGCCGAGCGUAUUCGGCCUCCGUCGCAGAAUCAUUGCGGCGGCACUCGAUCAUGCUGCUCAGCGACAACAGGGCGAUGAUGCGUCCAGCAGCUCGGCCCAAUUCGAAGACAAGGGCUUGGCAGAGUGGCUUGCCAUUCAACAUACCAGCAGCCAAUGGAAGGGCAAGAGCAUCCGCAAGAAGCUCUCCUUUGGCAAGAAGCAGGCCCGAGCCGCAAUGGCCAGCCAGUCUACAGUCCAUGAUCCGAUGCCGAACGAUGCGGCAUCGACCAGCACCUCGAGCAGUCGCACCAGGUGUAUCUCAACGACCGCAUCGACCUCUUCGCACGACAAGACCCUCCGGCGCGACAAGGAGCUCGCUGAGUGCGAGGCCAACUUUGACCUUGUCGUGCUCAGCCGUUUCGAAUCCGCCAGUCUCAAGAUGACCAUCUACACCGAGCAGCGACAAGGCAGCUGGGUGAUCAAAGGACCUGCACCGCCGAGAUCGCAUGUUCUCGACGAACCACCGCUCGUCUACAGCCCGUGGGACUGUCAGAUCGACAGCGCGGCCAUUGUGGAGCGCAAAAAGCUUCGCUCCUACGUCGAGCUCUCGGAUACCACCUGCUUCGUCCGCUGCUCGACAUGCAACAGUCCGCAGCACCAACAACUGGGCAAGCGACCGGACGGAUUUCGCAUCACGCCAGGCGCCACCGUCGGAUGCAAGCAGUGCCAAGGCAGUGGUGCUGUGCAGACCAACUAUGUCGUCUGCGUCACACUGCGCCAGUCGAACUUCCUACCCCUUGCCAUGCCGGUGCGACACCUGGCGGGGAAGGCGCAGAAUGCUUUUCGAGCCUAUUUGCCACAGACGACGAAAGCGAUGUCGCACGUAGACCUGUUGCGGAUGCGAUCGAUCGAAGCUGUCCGGUCGUGCGCGCUUCGCGUCGGUCGAGCGCAUCAUAAGGAGCACGACGCCCGACUGCUGCUGGCUCAGGCGGUGCUCGAACGGCGCACGUGCAACAGCGUGGCGGUGAUCAAUCGCUUCAAUGGGCUCUUUCGGGUGUUUGACAUCACGGAUGGCGGAUGUAUUCGCGGUGGAGCGGGGUUGAUUGAGGAGGAGAGUCGGAUCGUUGAAUCACCCGAACUGGGUGACGCGCUGGCUAGGUUGCCCAUCACCAUCGCCAUACCCCCGCACGGGUCGUUCCGAUUCAUAGAUUUGGAACUGGUGGAUAUGGCAACGUCGAAGGAGCUGACCAUGAUGGCACCGAGUCGCUCGCCAAGCGUCUACACGGACAGUUCGGAUGGGUCCUACUCCCCUUCGGCGUUUAGCUUUUUCCAGCGAUCAAAGGAUCCGGGGCGAUACGGCGGGGAUGCGUCGCGCGAUGAGAAUCUCACGCGCGGUCUUACACCACCGCCGGAACGAGCGUCUACACACAGCAGCCUGGCUUUGCCCAACAGACCCUGGGCGACGGGGAGGAACACUCCGUCGACCAGGUCCACCGUCUCGGGAAGGACAAUGCAAACGUGGGAGACGGCGCCAGAGCGAAACAGCGGCAGUGCCAGAUCGGGUUCCACCCGAAGCUCCGGCACUAUCCCCGCCAACAUAUGA